AUGAGACUGAAUCCGCACCGCGUCAAGCGCCCGCUCUACUCGAGGGCAGAAUUUUGCGACGCUGUGCUGGAUGAAAUCGAGCGUCAGCCACUCAAGCAGAAAGACAGGCGCCGAAUCGAAGCGACGCACUUGCGCUUCCUGGACUGGAUCAAAUCGCUUGGUGUCUGUGUAGAGGAUGGGCCAAACCUCGACUCACAGUUGGACCCAUCCAGGAAUAAAAUUCGCCUCCUAAUAACGCUAGAUCUGGCGGAUCUGGAGGAGGAUUUGUUGACUGUUCUCACGACGGUAAAGCGGCAUACUGUGCCCAAACUACCCGAUGGUCACUUUGACUCGCAGCUUGCGGAUAUGGAAGCAGCACUCACACGACUAGAAGAUGUGGCCAGCAUUAUACUGUUUUACUCUCCUGCCGGAUUCGGGUGGCGAGUUGCACUUUACCGCAAGCGCCAUGAAAACCCCGACGUGAAUGGCGCCAUCAUCAAACACAUUCGGGCCACAUAUCCAGCUCUGCAGCCGAAAUUCCAUCACGAGCCACCUGGCUGGUGGAAAUCCAUGGGAGUGGGCUACUUCGAGUCUGGGUUGGAACGGCCCACGGCACCUGGCGACGAACCUGCCGGUCUCCUCAAGGCUUUGGCAGACGCUAUUCUCUUUACUCACUACAAGACACUCUAUCACAGACAUGAGAGCGAACAAGAGCGCAUUGGGCCCAAGGAUCCCGACCCAGCGUUAUGGCGGUUGCCUGUUGCAGAGACUCUCCAGACGCCAACAGAUCCUCCACCGACGAAUUGUCCAGUCUGUGGAGAGGUUUGUUCUGAAGACUCCUUGGCCUGGGAUCAAGACAUGUGUCACUUUCUGCAUACCGCCAAACCAUACGUCUGCUUGGACGAGAAAUGCAACCAAAGUAGCCCACCCUCAUUCGAAACCGAGCGACAGUGGCAAUCCCACAUGCGAAUCUACCAUGGAUCAGACUGGGUCCGGAAAUUGCAAAGAAAUCUUCAUUGGAAGUGUCCAAUGUGUCCAGGUGUCUCUCCAGCCGAGUUCGAGUCGACCGAGUUGAUGGCCGCCGAUUUGGUCAGUCAUCUGCACAGCCAUCACGCCCAGGAAAAGAAUAAGAGGAUUUUGAACUUGGCUCGCAUCAGCCGUAUGCCCUGCGAUCGGCCUAGUGAUACAUGUCCAAUCUGCGGAAAAGACUAUUCAGCUGGCUCCGAGCCGCCUCGCCGCUCACUUGAUAAGGGGACGCAGGCGGCUACAAGCACCAAACAAAAUGGCGACAAAGCCAACUGCAACCCCUCGAAACAUUCUGGUUCCGCUCUCACGGAAGCUGAAGUCGGCGCGCGUCGCAACGUAUAUGCAUGCGUCGCAGAGCACAUGCUGGAACUUUCCCUCAAGUUUACGUAUCCCGCGCUACAGUUUUCAGCCGCCGCAUCAUACUUCUUGGCCGAAUCCUCAUCCUCAUCGUCUCCGACAUCCCUCGCCAGCGACAGCAGCGAUAUGUACACAGACACCAAUCCUUCUCUCAGCACGCAUAGCGAGCUCCCCCACAAGGCAACUUUUGCACCCUCGUUGCCUGCCAUUCGAGGCGAGGAUCUUCCACCGCCGAUAUACCGGGUCAGAAGCCCCGACCAUCACCCUAACUCUGUCCGCUUUUAA